AUGGCGUUUUAUCUAGUCUUGGGAAUUGUGCUUCACACGACACGGGGAAACACACAGACCGGAAGUUGUAAAGACAUGUUACAGGGUUACCUAACAGGACAACUGUCGUCUGCUCUAGGAGCAUAUCAGGUAGAAGCUUUGAGGCGGGAAUUCAAAAGCUUCACUGACGUCAUGGAGACAUCUUUGAGAAGGUUUAAGAAGGAAGUGAACGCUAGCAUUAAGGUUGAAGGUACAGGAAACCGGAACGUUGUAUAUACAAGAUGGGGUAAAAAGACAUGUCCUUCCAAAGCAAUCUUAGUUUAUUCUGGAUUCGCUGGAGGAUCACGUUAUAAUCAUAGAGGAGCAGCAGUAGAUCUUUUGUGUUUACCGAAGGAUCCAGAGUGGGGGAUCUACAAAGAUGGAAAUAAUGGAGAUAAAGCUUAUGUUUAUGGAGCAGAGUACGAAACUAACACCUUCAAGAGUCGCUUUACUUCAUUCCAUGAUCAUGACGUACCGUGUGCUGUGUGUCUUGUUAAAAAUAGAUCCGUUGUGAAGAUAUUCCCAGCAAGAAAAACCUGUUACAAAGGCUGGGAACUCGAGUACCAAGGUUACCUUAUGGCUGGAUACUAUAAUAAUCCUGCUGGUACAACAUACAAGUGUGUUGACAAAGAUCCAGACACCUUGCAUGGCGGCCAUUCUGAUAAAAAUGGUUAUCUUUUUUAUUUUGUAGAAGCUCAAUGUGGUUCAUUAAAAUGUCCACCAUAUGUUCAUGGAAGAGAACUAGUUUGUGCUGUUUGUUCCAAAAAAUAA